UCCCUUUCCGUCUGUAUAUCUCUUUCUCUCUGAGCGCAUGAGACUCGAAAGGUUCUCUUCUAGAAACCUGAGCGCAGAAGUCACCCAAACGAGAGGCGAUACCUCCCCCCUCGGAACAUGGCUACGAUCGUAACCUCCACCAGAUUCACAGAUGAAUAUCAGCUGUACGAAGAGCUCGGAAAGGGUGCCUUUUCAGUGGUCAGGAGAUGCGUAAAAAAAUCAACUGGCCAGGAAUAUGCUGCUAAAAUUAUUAACACAAAAAAACUUUCAGCAAGAGAUCAUCAAAAACUGGAACGCGAGGCCCGAAUCUGUCGCCUGCUCAAACACCCAAACAUCGUCCGACUCCAUGACAGUAUCUCAGAAGAAGGCUUUCACUACCUGGUGUUUGACCUUGUCACCGGUGGAGAGCUGUUUGAAGACAUCGUCGCCAGAGAGUAUUACAGCGAAGCUGAUGCAAGUCAGUGCAUCAGCCAAAUCCUGGAAAGUGUCAAUCACAUCCACCAGCAUGACAUUGUGCACAGGGAUCUCAAACCAGAGAACCUGCUCCUGGCCAGCAAGAUGAAAGGGGCGGCGGUCAAGCUGGCAGAUUUUGGCCUGGCCAUUGAGGUGCAAGGCGACCAGCAGGCGUGGUUUGGUUUUGCAGGCACACCCGGCUACCUCUCACCAGAGGUCCUGAGGAAGGACCCGUAUGGCAAACCCGUGGACAUCUGGGCCUGCGGUGUCAUUCUGUACAUUCUGCUGGUGGGCUACCCUCCCUUCUGGGAUGAAGACCAGCACAAACUCUACCAGCAGAUCAAAGCAGGGGCGUAUGACUUCCCCUCUCCUGAGUGGGACACAGUCACCCCCGAGGCCAAGAAUCUGAUCAACCAGAUGCUGACCAUCAAUCCGGCCAAGAGGAUAACUGCUGAACAGGCCCUCAAACACCCCUGGGUCUGCCAACGCUCCACAGUUGCCUCCAUGAUGCAUCGCCAGGAGACCGUGGAGUGCCUGAGAAAGUUCAACGCCCGCAGAAAACUGAAGGGGGCCAUUCUCACCACCAUGCUGGUGUCCAGGAACUUCUCAGUGGGCCGGCAGCAUACCAGCCCUGCUGCCGCCACCACCAGCACUGCCGCGCUGGCACAGGAAGCCUGCAAAAGCUUGUUAAACAAAAAAGCUGAUGGAGUGAAGCCGCAGACGAACAACAAUAAAAACAACGUUGUAAGCAGCAACAAGGAUAGUGCGUCCUCUACACCAAUGGAACCACAGACCACUGUGGUGCACAACCCUGUGGACGGCACUAAGGGUUCCUCAGAGAGCUGCAACACCACGGAGGAAGAGGAAGUGAAAGGUAGGAAAGCGGCGGCGGCGGCGGGCUGCGCUGCCAGCAGCGACAGCGCGGUAAUGAGCCAGUGCAGCGGGAACGAGGGAUCGGCCCAGUGCCCGCCCAGCUCUGCCCCACUGCAUAAUAAAAAGCGCAUGGCUUGGCACAGCACAGGACACUCCUGCCCUGAUCUCGAGCAUGCUUCGAGCUCACCCCCCACAUGGGGCAGCGUCGCGCCACAGUCUCGCAAGCAGGAGAUCAUUAAGAUUACGGAGCAGCUGAUUGAAGCGGUUAAUAACGGAGACUUUGAGGCUUACACGAGAAUUUGUGAUCCUGGGUUGACUUCGUUUGAACCAGAAGCUCUUGGAAACCUGGUGGAGGGCAUGGACUUCCACAAGUUCUACUUUGAAAACCUUCUGAGUAAAAACAGCAAGCCGGUUCACACCACCAUCCUGAACCCGCACGUACACCUGAUCGGGGAGGAUGCGGCCUGCAUCGCAUACAUCCGCCUGACGCAGUACAUCGACGGGCAGGGCCGGCCGCGCAGUAGCCAGUCGGAGGAGACGCGUGUGUGGCACCGCCGCGACUCCAAGUGGCUCAAUGUGCACUUCCACUGUUCUGGAGCCCCCGCUGCACCCUUACAGUGAUUUCACCAGGCACAGCUUGGAUUCUUAAGCUGAUCGGAGCGUUUCUUCUCCAUGGUCGGAAUGGCGUCGGGGGGGCCUGGCUGGAUGAGACCCGUGGAAGUUUAAAAAAGGAGGAAAAAAAAAAAGAGGAAAAAUUAACAACAUAAAAAACCAACAGACGACAAACACCACUGAUCCAGUCCAAACCUAGAUAGACAUUGGGAGCCGGCCGUGACAGCGGCUCCGCCCUUCGGACGGUGCAUGCAUCUCUCGCCCAGAGGGGGGCGCUGUCUUGUCGUAAAUUCUACGGAUCCAUCUUUUUGCCCGUUUUAAGAUGUCCAGGAGGGGUUUCGAGUGUAUAUCAACAUAUAUAUAUAUGAUAUAAAAAAAAAUAAUGAAAAAAUUAAAUGUACGAGAAACUGCAGACUAAAAAGCACGUAAGUACAGAAGUAGGAAGUUCCAUGCUCAUUUGAGGGGAAAGUUGAGAAAAAAAUAUAUAUGCGCGUACCUCAACAGUUGAAUGCCAGGUGGCGCAAUAUUUUUUAUUUUUUAUUUUAUUCUCGAAACUUAAUACGGUGUGCGUGUUUAUAUUUUGGAUGCAAAGGUCGAGUGAAAAUGGAGAAAUCUUAACAAGCUUAAAUACGAAACUUAAUAUCAAAAGUACAAGCACCAAAGUAUAGAUGUUAGGCAUGUCAGACUUUUUUUUCUUUUGCACUGUUGUUACUUUUUGGGAGGGGCAGAAGGCUAUAGUGGGCGGGGAAAGUUUUUAAGUAUUCUAUUGUGUUACUGGAACUGAUUUUUUUCUUUUUUUUUCUUUUUUUUUUUUACCACUGAAUGAUAAUGUAUUUGACAGUAUAUAGUGUUUCAAGUGAAUUAAUUUUAAGAAAAAUGGGGGCGUUGAUUUUUUUAUGAUUAAUAUUUAAGCUAUAUAUACAUGUACAAUAAAUAUAUAAGGGGAGGAAGUGAAAGCGUGGCUCUGCUUUAGAGGGAGAGAGGGGCUUGGAAAAGGCCAUUCGCGAUUGGCUCGCUCGAUAACAUCCUCUCCCGGGCGCCCCUCCCUCCGGGCUGCUCGUCUUGGCUGCGUUUUUGAAAACCUGUUUAUAAAUGUAUAUGUUUAUGAAUAUGUAUAUAAAAAGGCACAAACCCGCCGUGUGUGUGGGCUUCCCGCCAUCCACAAGGCUCCCUCUGGCCUGCCUACCCCACCCCGACCCACCCCUGAAAAAAUUUAAGAAAACACCCCCCACGCUAAACCUGAGGUUGCAGAACGCACAUGCUAUCAGUGCUAGGUCGAUGAGAAACUGCUGCCUUGCUUCAAAUUGGAGGGGGGUUCUACAGGUGGGGAUCAAACACUACCAUGGGCUUCUUUCUCGCUCUUUUCUGAGUUGGUGGGGUGGACUCUCCCAAAUUCCUCUCCCCCAUCUCCAUACCUUGGUAUAGGGACACUCCAAAUGCCAAUGCUGUCCCCUCCCUACUAACAUAACCCGUCUUAUUCCAAACAACUUCUUAAUACUAUUUUUAAAUGAUAUUAUUUAAAAAAAUAUAUUUAAAAAGAAAACAAAAAAAAAGAAAACAAUCAUUAGAUUUAAAAGAAAAAAAAAAUGGCCUGAACUGUUUUUGCACAAACUCGAGACUCGAUGCUGUUACGUUCACACUGAGAGGUGGACUUUCUGCAACUUCAGGUCGUUCCUCCCUCCCCUGGCGCCUCUGAGGGUCAGAGGUCGAGGGGCGGGGGUCAGGAGGAGGAGGAAGGGGGGGGUAUGUGUGGCUGGCUGUCACACAGUUGCUGCCGUCCAUCCGUUUGCCCGUUCGAGGGUUCACCGCGCGCCGCAGGGUUUUAACAUUGCAGACCCGCCCUGGUCUGGGCCACGGCUAUAGGAGAGCCAGCGGGCACGGUCGCGGUCACCAGUCCCGUGACAGUCCGGACGGGGAACGAAGCUCAGUCGAGAGUUUUGGCGGUCAUCCCGGGGCCACCCUGAUCGAUCGAUCGAUCACACUGGCCUGGCUCCGCCCUCACCGGUUUCCGUCAUUGACAGCGUUGUCUUUGUUACCUUGUACCUUCGUAGUGUUGUUCUUACUUGUAACGAGUGUCACGUGGCUGUUAUUUCUUUUAUUUUAACUGUUACUAGAGUUGUGGGGUUGUGGAGAAGAUGGAGCUCAGGUCAGCUCAUGCCCCUUGUUCUCUUUCCCUCGACCCUCGUGGUCGCACCCGAUUUUCCCCCCCGUACUUGCACCCGCACCCAUCCCUCACACAGGCACACACACGAGUGUCCUUGCAUGCUGCACACACGCAUGCUUUUUGCGGAUACACAAUCAUACCGUGCUGUAUGCUUUCACGUACCCUAUGUAUGCUGCACAUGCACAUGCACACUCGCACGCGCACACACAUACACACGCGCACACACACACACACACACACACACACACACACACACACUCACAUUUGCUUUGCCCCUUAAAUGGUAAUUACCAGGACAACCACUGGGGUUCCACAGAAUGGACAGGACAUGGGGAAACAUAAGCAGAAGUUACUGAAACUCCUGCAAAAUGGAAAAUACACAAAACACACGUGAACACACAACCAAGCACACACCCACACAAUGAGCUCCCUUUAAACGUAUAUCUGUGUUAUUCAUGGUAGAACAUUUGAGGCACUCAAAUUCUUCACCUUGUUAACUCAUGAAGUGAAUCCGUCUUGUACAUCGAGGGGCUCCCCCCCCACUCAUGUGUCGUGUUAAUGUGCUCCACACACUGACGGCAGACAGGCAGAGGAUUGUGUGCAAAGGAUUUUCUUUUCUUUUUUUAAAGCGAAGGAUUAUUCGGUCUAGCCCUGGCCUUGCCUGUGCGUGUACGUUGUCUGCACCCCCCCACACACACCUCAUAACAUGCCUGUCGCGCCGCGCAACAUAUCAGCAACACGCCUCGGCCUCACCGCCGCUAACAAGCCAUCUGCGUGACGUUCCUCUGCGAACCUUUCAUUUCUUUUAUUCUUUUUUUCCCCAGAAAAUGUGUUUUACUUGCUCUAUGGGGAACUUUGACUGCUUUGCUUGGCCAAGUUCUAGACACCCAUUGUGUGCGCAAAGCCAAGGGUUAUGCGAUGCGAUCCGAAUGACAAACUUCCGCGCUCGAAAAAGAAGGCAGGAAGCAUGGAGGCCGGAGGGGAGGGGAGGGGGGUAACUAAUUUAAAAAAGGUCUUCAGAGAUUAGAGCCUCCCCCCCUGAACAAAUUGACCCAGAAAUACUUGAUUCUUAAAAGCCACACAAUUUCACAAGAAGAAGACUAUAUAUGCAGUUUUACAAGUGGAGGGAUUAUGCAUGUCUACUUUCUGGUUAAUAUUUUUCACUGUCUGUGUUGAUAAAAAAAGAAAAGAAAAAAAAGCUAAAAAUCUGUAUGUUAGUUGCAUCUUUGAGGUAAAAAUGAAACCUGCUCCAUCUCGGAUAUAAAUGAUGUAUCAAAUUCAAAAAAAAAAAAAGAAGAAAAAAAAAAAGCCUUAGCUUGGUAUGUUCCCAUCCUUAUUAGUAAAUUUAUUGCAUUUGUAACAGUAUAUUAUUGGGGCUACAUAUAAAUAUACUCUUUGAGUUCUAAAUUGGAUGCUGGAUUUUGCAUGAUCAUAACAAUAAAUCAUGAAUUUAAAACUAUCAAGUGUUUGAAUGUUAGUAGGUCUUCAUAAUAGCUUUGUUAUUAUUGAAACUUGGAUCUGAAAAUAUUUAAUAAAAAUGACAUUUAACAGCA